AUUUCUAUGCUAUUCAUGAUUCUCUGUACAUUACAUAUACCGUUGUUUAUUCAUUAAAAAUAAAUAUUUAAUAUAUUAUCAAAUAAUAUAAGCGUUAUAUUAUAUUGCAGUUGUACUUUUUUAUUACUGGAUUUUUGUUGUACACCUUCCAACACAAGGUUUAAUAAGUAAAAUGGAAGAAAAAGAGGAAAAAAUAAUGUAUUUGCCUAGUGAUUGUGAUCAGAUUUCUGAAGACAACAAAGAGGCUAUUGAAAUUCAAGAGGUCAAAACUGAGGUGUUGGAUAUUGUUGAAGAAUUCAUUGAUGUAAAUCAAGUUUUAAAAAAAGAAGAUUGUAUACAAAAAAUAGAGAAUGAUGUGGAGUUUGAUUACUCAUCUGGAGAAAAUAUUUUCCUUUUGCCCAAAAAGGAGGAAAAUAUUGAGGAUGUAAAAAAUUGUGAAUACACUUUAGAAGAGGUAAUAAGAAAAAAACCAGUUCAUCUGAAUUUGAGGAAAUAUAAUUGUCACCAUUGUGAUUAUUCUUCAAAAAGGGAAUACUUUCUUAAAUUACAUAUAAGGAAUGUUCAUUCUGAUGUAAAACAUAAUUUGAUAAAAUAUAAUUGUCACUAUUGUGAUUAUUCUUCAGACAGGGAAUACUAUCUCAAAUUACAUAUAGGGAAUUUUCAUUCUGAUGUAAAACAUAAUUUCGAUACUAAUUAUAAAUCACAUCUGGAUUCUGUAGAUUCUAUUUCCAAAAAACAUAAAUGUAAUUUAUGUCAUUAUACUUCAAAUACCAAGCGUACUCUCAGAAAACAUCUAAAUUCUGUUCAUAUAAAUCUGAAAAAAUAUGAUUGUCACCUUUGUGAUUAUUCUUCGCAUAAGAAACAAAUUCUCAAAGUACAUAUAGGGAAUGUUCAUUUCGAUGUGAAACAACAAAGUGUCAAUUAUGUGAUUUUGCUCCCAGUCAAAGAUCAAAACUCAGAACAAAUAUAGGUUCUAUUCAUAUAAAUAGCAUUUCUUUCAUUUACAUAAUUUUAGUGUAAAUCACAUCUCAAAACUGCAAGAAAAGAAUUAUCGACUUUGUAACAAUAUCAAAUGAAUAAUGUAUUGGGUAUAAAGUCAUCUUAUUAAGUUCUUUAUUAAACUUGGCCUAGCUUUCGAUCAUUUACAUGGCCAUCUUCAGGACACUGAAACAAUUUUUUUACAAUACGAAAAAAUAUCUUAGUUACCUAAAUUUGGACUUACAAUUAAUCUGAACCUAACAAUGCAAACUUAGGCAGUCACCUUUUAACAAAACUUCCUAGUCAUGACUAGGAAGUUUUGUUAAAAGGUGACUCUCAUUUUUAUGGUUCUGCCUAAGUUUGCAUUGUUAGGUUCAGAUUAAUUGUCCAAAUUUAGAUAACUAAUGAGUUUUUUUAUAUAUUUUUUCGUUUUGUAAAAAAAUUGUUCCCAGUGAAACAACAUAAGUGAUACUUAUUUUUGCAAUAUAUAGAUUGUAUGAUUUCACAAGACUUGUAAUGUAUACAAUUGAAAUAUUUUUCGUCAGUUUUAUAAAACUGAUCAAAAUCAUUUUAAUAAACAGAAAAAUGAUCUA